CGGCCGGCGCCCGUGGCGUCCCCGGCGCCCCAGACAUGCGGCCCGACUGCCUGUCGGCGGAGAGCGAGCGGCGCUGCCGGCGGCUGCUGGCGGGGACCACGGCGCGGCUCCGCGCGCGGCCCGCGGCGGCCGCGGUGCUGGUGCCGCUGUGCCUGGCGCGCGGGGUCCCCGCGCUGCUCUACACGCUGCGCUCCAGCCGCCUGGCCGGGAGGCACAAGGGGGACGUCAGUUUCCCAGGCGGCAAGCGUGAGCCCGCUGACCGGGACGUGGUGCACACUGCCUUGAGGGAGACCCAGGAGGAGCUGGGCCUGGCUGUGUCGGAGGAGCAGGUGUGGGGCAUCCUACACCCCGUGUAUGACCAGAGUAAGUCCUCUGUGGUGCCAGUCCUUGCCAGCGUGGGCCCGUUGGAUCUGCAGAGCCUCAGGCCUAACUCCGAGGAGGUAGAUGAGGUGUUUGUGCUGCCCGUGGACCACCUGCUGCAGAAACGGAAUCAGGGCUAUACUCACUUCUGCCAGGGCGGCCAAUUCAGUUACACGCUUCCGGUCUUCCUGCAUGGGCCGCACCGAGUCUGGGGUCUCACGGCUGUCAUCACUGAGUUCACCCUGCAGCUGCUGGCUCCUGGCAUCUACCAGCCCUGCCUUGUCAGCCCUAAGCCGCCCAGUGGCUGAGGCCUGGCUCUUUGUGGCCACCGACUUUGCCCUGCUAGGCCCCUCUGAGACUAAAUAAAAUCUUUGACCACUCUGA